GUAUCAUUAUUGAUUAUGUCGUUAUAGCGUGCAGACAUGAUUAUUAUUCUCUUGACGCUGUCUUUUAUCUCGGUGCUAACUGAAGCAUGCGAGACGCCCAGGUGUACUAUACAGAACACAAACAGUGGAUUAUGUCAUGUCGACAAAAAAAGUAUAGAUAAAGAAAAGAUACAGCCAUAUAUCUAUAAUGGAAAAAUCUCCGUGAAAUUUUACAAUGUAACAACAGAGCCUAAGCAUACCAACAGCAAUGAAAAUAUUCAGAUAAACAUUAGAAAAGUUACCAAUGGCAUGCCAGGUACGAAACAAAAUCUGCAGUUUAUAACCAUGGAGGUUACGAAAAACAAUCUACCAUGGAGAUACAUUGUGAAUAUACAAAAGAAAGAGACGGUACGAAAAGACAAGGAGUUGAUGGUUAUUUUGUCUUGUUUACAAAUGUCAACGCCAGCAAGCAAAAGCAACAUCACUAUUGCUCUAGGAAUUGAACCAUUGAAGAAGCAAAAAAGGAAAAAGAAAAACCAAUAUACCAAGAAAAAUUCAAAAGAUGUGUCAGAAAUUGGGGCGAUCUCUUUUCAACAUUCUAUGACAAGAAAAAAGAAAAACGAACCAAAAGGAAAUAAGAUGAAAAGAUCUGCUCAAGGUAGUGAAAAGAACUGUAUUGUGAAUAUUACUUCAAAAACAAUAACGUUCUGGUGGUCGCCGAACAAAGGAAAUAAAAGAGUAUACAGAUGUGGAUUGAUGGAUUCUAAUGGCGACAUAAUUACAGGAACUAUGUCUAAAACUGGCAUGCCUGUUUAUUGUGUUACACCAUUUAUUAAAGAUGAACACUAUUAUGCACGGAUUUUCUUCUAUGUCGGAGGAAAAAGAUACCACGCAAGUCCAUGUAAUGUAUCUGUGGAUAUGAGAACCAUGGAAACUUACAAACCCAAUGACGGCGACCCUGCCCCUGCCCCUGUCGACAGCACACUUGUCGCCGUACUCGUUAUACUUUUCACCGCAAUGUGUAUUCUUUUUGUCUUCAUUAUUUGCCUGUUUUGGAGUAGAAGGAAACUACAACACAUCAACGAAGUGGAUGACAUGUCUUCUGAUCCAAAAGCAAUGAUUGUGUCUGUCAAUGAAUUCGAAAACGGUAUUCCCCAGCUUGUUAGUUUAUUGGAAGGAGCGAAGAUAAACGUCGUAACUGUUGCAUCUAACGUUAAAGAAAAUAUGUUGAGUCGACAUGACUGGUUGGAAAAAACUGUUGGCGAAUGUAACCACUUCAUCUUUAUUGUUACAAAACAGAUGGGAGAGAUUUUAAAAAGGAUGAUUACCGAUCAUCCAAAGCAAAGAGAAGCUGAUUCCUCCAUAGAUAGUGAAGGAGAGACAUGUGCAUACACGAUAGCUUUGAUAAAAAAUAAGUUUAUCAAGAGCUUGAAAUACGAAGGGUUUUGCGUAAAUUCCUGUCAUUUGGUAAGUUUUGACGAAAAUUACUGUGACGGUAUAUUGCGAUCACAUCAAGGUAGGGAGUUGUUUCCUUGCAUCAAAACUCAUUCCUACAAUCUGUACUUAAAAGAAAGGUUUCAGUUUAGCCAUGCUUGUCGUAUUAUCAACAAUAUCAAGAGAAGCGAAAAAUCUAAAGCCAGAAAAGUUCGUCAACCGACUCCAAGUCAGAUAUGCAAACGUCCAAAGGAGAGCAUGGACAUCGAAAGCGCGUUUGUCUCUAUGAUACCUUCUACAUAUUGUAAUUUUAUUCCUGUUAGCCAAACUGAAAGCAACGAAAACGAUUCGGACAUUGACAUCGAUGUUACCAGUGAUUUGUUAGGCUAUGAAAUGUACUGUUGAGAUUCGUUUCUAUUAUUCAUGUCGUAAAAUCAAAAUUAUGACUUUCUUAGCCAUACACGAAAUUUUAUAUAUGUAUAUGAGUCUGUCUCAGAAUUUCUUACUUGCAAUGAACUACAAAACUGUACACAGGGUUAUUUUCGCCCCAUGUUAUUUUCGCCCUUUAUUUAUUGUAAACGUUUAAUUCUCGCCAUCUUGAAUUCACCCAGGAAUUACAGCUGUGUUUAACGAUAUAUAUGAGACGUUGGAAUUUGUACAGUCUUAAAUUCGCCCACUGGAAACGAGGGCGAACAUACCGAAAAUAAAACGGGACGAAUAUUUCCCUGCCGGCAUACAGUACAUUCAGUAAAUGAAGUGUAUUGAAAAUUGAUUUACACCGAUUAUCCGUUUAACAAACUAGUCAAUUGUCUCAAAAUUAUUAGUCAACUUAAAAGCAGCUUAUUCAGAGUCUCAUUUUUUUUAAGGAUAACUGAGUAUUUUUACAACGUCAUUACAUAUUUUUAUAUCAACAUGAACAUAUGAUGAAGUGUGUUUAUCAUUCAUAUUUGUUUUUUUUAAUAUUUUCAGUUGUAUUUUGUAUAGCAUACAUGUACAUAAAUAAUAUAAUUUUUCAAUCAUUAUAUCAUAAACCGCAAUGUUCAGUUUUUAUCGUGUAAUAAUGUUAUCAUUCUAUUUUUUAUGUAUAACACAAAAUUGUUUUUAAUAUAUUUUGAUCUCAUAUUUAUGACGUCUCUCUGAGCUUCAUAUCUGCAUGAAGAGGAGGUUUUAUGACAGUAUUGUCUCAAAUAUUUGACAUCACCUCAAUGUAGAAACAUUUAGAUAUAUAAGUUAAACGGAUGAAGAUUUCUUUUAAAAAAUAAAGACAUUGUCUUUAAAGAAAUGCGAGCAAAAGAAUCAAAGAAAAAUUUUAACGAUGGAAAAGAGGAACCUAACCAUGACCUCGUCACGUCAUAUCGACAAUCAUUUAUUUUCAAAUUAUUUGCGUUUUAGAACACUUACUAGCUGGGUUGCAUUACUUUACUAGCUCAAGAAGACAUGUUCAAUCGUUUUUAUAAGGCGCCCCUGUUCUGACGCCCUUGUUAUUAGUUUUACGUAUUAAAUCAAUGUUAUUUUGCUUUAUAUAUACAGCCAUGUGUUCAGCUGCAAUAUUCCUUAGACAUGAUGUGCAUUAAGAAUGUAAAAAUCUCAUUUUUUUUAUUUGGUUUAAUUUUCAAGUGUUAUGUGUUCAUAUUUUCAUGUUCAAUGUAUAAACACAAAAAUAAAUUAAGUUUGAAACAAUA